AUGUCGCACGGGAAUAUCUACAAGCGUCCGAUCCUGCUCCUGCUCGCAGCUGCUGCAUGGCUGGCUUGCAGCUUGCAGAAGACGCUGGACUUCGUUGGCGUCAGUCCAACCCAGCGUGAGCCGGCUUUGUCAGCCAGGCGAAUCUCUGUCACAGGGUCCCACAAAGAGGUGAUCAGGGGCUCGGACGAGUGGAAGGACUCCAUGAUGAACAAGUGGUGGUGGCAAAAGGAGGGCUAUUUCACGGAGUUUGGCUACAAGGAGAACCCGAACUGGAACCCCAAUGACUACAAAAUGGCCGAACAAGAGAUGCGAUUUGCGCGGGCCGAGCAUCUCCUCAUGAAUGAGCUGAGGGAGAGGGGAAUGACGGACGAAGAAAUUUACCAGAAGGCAUCUGUCUAUGAGUUUGUCGAAGGGGAGAAGCAGCCUAAGCUGACCAAGAAGAUGACGUUCCUGCUGCAACUCCGAUAUCUGAGUGAAGGCAAAGAGGGGGAGCUGAUCGACCUGGCAGAGGAGAUUGAGAAGUCGCCGCCGUCUUUCUCAUACUCCGGUGCAGCUUGGCAGCAGUUCUUCCUUCCGACGAAGAUACAGACAAGCAUCUGCCAGUGUCAAAAAAAGAAGAUGGUCUUAGAGGCAUGGAAGGUGACGUGGAACAGGGUGUGA